CUCGGCAACCAAAACACCCGUCUGAUCUUCUACCGGGGCACGCGCCAAAGGUUCAACGCGAGCGCAGCAAGGAUCGGAUGGCGCGGAUCAGGGGCAUGCCCAUGCUCGCGCUGUUGGCGGCCGCCGUGGUCAUCGCGGCGGCGGCGCGCGCCGAGGCGCGGGUGCCGGACUACCACCCGUCGACGUUCACGGUGACGGGCCAAGUCCAGUGCCAGGACUGCACCAAGAACUGGAACGCCUACGCCUACAACGCCAGGCCAAUCCCCGGCAGCGUGGUGGGCAUCACGUGCAAGGACGACAGGGAGCGGCCGGUGUACUACGGCUCGGACGCGACGGACGGCCAGGGCGUAUUCAACGUCGAGGUGCCCAGCAAGGUGAACGGCUGCGACCUCACCGCGUCACGGUGCCUCGUCCGCCUCGCCUCCUCGGGCGACCCCGGCUGCGCCGUCCCCACCAACUUCAACGGCGGCACGGCCGGCGAGAAGCCGUCCCGCCUCACGCACUUCUCCCCCGACAGGGCCACCUACGCCGUCGGGCCCUACUACUACACCCUGCCGCGGUGCGACGUCAAGGACGACGCCGCCGCCUGCAGCAGCGGCUACUGAUGAUGACUACCCGCCGCUGGCCCGGUCGAUCGCCGCCGUACGUUCGUUUUCGCGGUGUAUUACGCUAGCAUUUUUCGUUUCAAGAUCUUUUGUUUUGUUUUUUUCUUCCCUUUUGAUGAGUUGAAGUCCGUUUGGAGAAGUGGAUCAAUGUGUGUUGAAUUGCUAUACUGUGUUGGUUUGCACGUAGAGCGAUCAGGAUCUCCUGUCUGUAACAUGCUCUGCUAUCUGCUACGACUGCUCAUAGUGUAUACUGGUUGGUUGCUGCUUUGUUUUGACCCGAACGCUGGUGCUCUGGCAGAACUUUGUGAA